AUGGCAAAAUCAACAUCAUCCUUUAUUCCGUUUGCAAUCGUCUCGGGGCUCUUUGCUGCUCUAUCUUCAGUGUUUGCAAAGCUUUUCUCUGAUGAAAAAACUGCUGUAUUCCACUCGUACAUCUCGGGACACUUCAAUGCUGUUCCUGAACAUACAUCUCUGUUGAUAACGAGGGGCGUUUGUUUUGCUCUGAUAUUUGGCUGCAAUUCUGUCAUGUGGACUACAUUCACAAAGGCUCUCAACGCUGCAACUUCGUCUGUGCAGGUUUCCAUUGUAAACGGAGCUGUGAAUUUCAGUGCAUCCGCUAUCUUGGGAUAUCUCGUAUUCGAUGAGCCGUUAGCACUAAGAUGGUGGAUUGGCGCCAGUUUCAUCUUGGCUGGUACAUUUUUAUUAUCACAAUCACAAAAGAGAUUAGAGGAAGAAGAGGGCAUGAAAAAACAAAAUUAA